AUGGCAGAGGCCGAAGCCGUGUACCGCUACGAGUCCGGAUAUAUUGCACAUGCCCCGAAAAAAGAUUAUGGGCCACUGGACUUCACGGGAAAAAUAGCGGGCGGUCUUCGCCUCGACAUUCGCCGGAGGGCACCGUUUUUCUGCAGCGAUUGGACCGAUGCCUUCAUGCCCGAGAACUUCCAAAAGUCGGUGUCAUCCAUCUUGUAUUUGUUCAUCGCAGCCCUGGCCCCUGCGAUUACCUUCGGCAGCCGCUUCCUCGAUGGCACCAACGGCCAGUUUGGAGUGCUGGAGAUGAUCAUGUCGACCUCCCUCAGCGGGAUGAUCUUCUCCUCCACGGCUGGUCAGCCCUUGUCGAUUCUCGGUGCGACGGGCCCUUUCCUGGCCUACACCCUCGUCGUCUACGACCUGGCCAUCGCCGUGGAUGUGGAGCUCCGAGGGUUCAUGCCCUUCUACUUCUGGACUUGCAUGUGGUGCUCCCUCUUUACUAUCUUGGUCGCCGUCUUCGACUUGUGCGCGCUCAUGAAGCACGUCACCAUGUUUUCGGAAGACAUCUUCGCUGGAUUGAUCUCGCUCAUCUUCAUCAUCGAUGGAGUGAGGCCAAUCAUCGAGAAUUUUUCGGAGGAAAGGAUGCCUCUUGUGAGCGCCAUGUUCGAGGCGCUGCUGUUCCUCUACACUUUCGGACUUGCAACAUGGUUGUCCGGAUUUCGACGAAAACCGUGGUCCUUGCGAUUCAUCCGCAACUUGGGGGCAAACUUCGCGGUGACUAUCGCCUUGGUGACCGCUUCCGCUUGGGCCGCCCUGUACUCCAACGAGACCAACCUGAGGAUGUUGCAGGUGGACGCAGACUUCUCCCCAAAUCUGGUUCUGUCCGAUGGCAGCAAGCGGCCCUGGAUUGUGAAUCCGUCGGGCAUCGAUCGGCCAUUCCCAGCUUGGGGCAUUGCGUAUGCGAUUCUGCCCGCGAUCGGAUUCGCGGUCUUGGGCUACCUGGAUCAGAAUUUGACAUCCGUGAUUGUGAACAGGCCCUCCAACAAUCUGAAGAAGCCCCCUGGUUACCACCUGGACCUGUUUGUGCGCGGAGCACUCACACUGCCUGUUUGCGCCGUGCUGGGGCUCCCACUUUCAGUGGCCUCGACUGUGCCGAGCAUCACCCAUGUGAUCUCUCUGACCACUUACGAUGUGAAGCAGCUUCCCGAAGGCGAACGCAAAGUGCCUGUGAAGGUGGUGGAGCAGCGAGCCACGAACUUCAUCAUCCACAUUCUGAUCGGGUGCGCGCUGUUCUUGGCACCUGCCUUGAAGUUCCUGCCGCGUGCGGUGCUGCAGAGCGUGUUCUUCUACAUGGGCAUUGCGUCUUUGACAGGCAACAACCUCUUUGACAGGCUGAAGUUGUGGCUGAUCUGGGACCCGGCGAAGUACCCUCAGUACCACUACGUCCAGAAGCUUCCGAUCCAGCGUGUGCACUUGUACACCCUUGUCCAAGUCGUCUGCCUUGGCAUCCUCUAUGGCCUGAAAGCCAUCAAGGAGACAUCCGUCGUGUUCCCGUUCUUCAUGGCAUCGCUGGCCAUUAUUCGCAAGGGCAUGAGGUUCAUGUUCACCGAAGAGGAGCUGAAGCAGCUGGACUCUUUGCCGGGCGAGGAUGAGGAGGAAGAGGAGGCCCCGGCAUCGAAGCCGGACCUCUUGAACCUGGAGACGAAGGACGAGACCUCCACGAAGGAGGAGUUGUCGAUCUGA